AUGGCUUCAUCAGACGUCAACUCGUCACGCCCCAAUGGUGCUGCCACUUCCAGCUACUCAACGGCCAAUGGAACUGUCAUCAACCUCAUCGGCGGGUUUGAGACCCUGCUGUGGACAUUGCUGGCACGUGCGACAGAUGCCGUGUCCUUGAAUCCCAUUCUAGAUGAUCACCAUGCCUUGAAGACUAUUUCCCGGGUCAAGGACACUGGCUUCAAGUUUCGGAGUAGUGCACUCGGAUCGAUCUGGGCAUUCCUGACCCGAGUGGUGUCCGUCAGGUCAAGAUCUAUUGACAUGAUCACAGAAGAUUUCCUCAAGGCGCACCCGAAGAAUGCGAUCAUAUUGCAUCUAGCCUCUGCGUUGGACUCGAGGAGCAUGCGCGUAAAGUGGCAGGGUGAGGGAAAGCUGUGGGUUGAUGUAGACCAAGAAGAUGUUGUAGAAUUGCGGAAACAACUGAUUGAUCCGGUCAAUCCUGGAGAAGGCGAAUACCGUCUGACAGGCCCAAAUGAGUACAGUGAAGGCUGGCUUACUGACCUGAAGAUACCUGGCGACCGCCCCGUACUCAUUAUCAUGGAGGGCUUGUCCAUGUACCUGUCCGAAGCCGAGAAUAUCGCCAACUUCAAGCAGCUCACCCAGCACUUCCAAUACGGCGGCGAGAUCGUUUUUGAUGUGUUAGGAUCAUUUCCAGUAUGGGCGGUGAAUAGUGUCCUUCCUCUGUUUGCCAUAGCAUCUCUGGAAUGA